AUGGAUGGCAUGUCAGUGAUCUCUGUAGGCCCGGACGGACCAAACCUUUCAGCACUGGAAAUCCGAUGUCCGUUUUGGGCCACCUCCUUACAAACCAGGUGUUUGAUGUCCAUUAAUUUGGUAUUUGUUUUCCAGUAUGUCCUGUCUGUCCUGAAAUUUACCUACCCUACCCUUUUUCAAGGGUGGCAGACAUUAGUGGGUGGACUUCUGCUUCAUGUCUCCUGGAAACUGGGCUGGGUGGAGAUAAACUUGUGUUCAAGGUCUGAAAUCCUGUCAUGGCUUCCUGCUUCAGUACUGUUUGUUGGCAUUAUUUAUGCUGGCUCUAGGGCACUGUCUAGAUUGCCAAUUCCAGUGUUCCUCACUGUGCACAACGCAGCAGAAGUUAUAACCUGUGGGUUCCAGAAGUUCGUGCAGAAAGAGCAGACCUCUCAUCUGAAAGUCUGUAGUGUGCUGUUCCUCCUGGUAGCAGCAGUGUGCCUUCCUUUCUGUGACACACAGUUUGAUCCAAACGGUUAUUUAUGGGCUCUAAUUCACUUGAUCUGUGUUGGGGCUUACAAAGUCUUUCACAAGUUAUGGAAACCUAGCUCUUUAAGUGAUCUGGACCAACAGUACAUCAACUAUGUAUUCAGUGUGGUGCUGUUGGCCUCUGCAUCCCAUCCAGCAGGUGAUCUCUUCAGUGCCUUGGACUUUCCAUUCCUGUACUUCUACAGGUUUCACAGCAGCUGCUGCGCCAGUGGACUGUUGGGAUUCUUUCUGAUGUUGCACACAGUGAAGCUAAAAAGCAGCACAACCUCAGGGCAAUAUGCAGCAUGGAGUUUCCUUGCAAAGGUUAUCACCGCUAGCUUAUCACCGUUGUUCUUUGUCAUGACUGCCAAUGUACUAACAAUUUCUUGCCUUGUGAUCGGUGGAGUUGGAGAAGCUUUGCUUGUUUACACUGAAAGGACAGGCACAUAAAGAGGAACCAGAUCUCGCCAGCUGGAAAAGAGCUGACUUGCAGCCUAGAGACCCUA